UUAUUAAUCAGCGAAUCUCAACCAAACCCAAGAGAAAGGUCUCUUCCUUAGCACAACUAAAAUGCCACGGAUCAGAGUAAAAAGCAAGGCUGAGGACCUUGCCCGAGUGCGCAACAAUCAACGGAAUUCCCGUGCGCGCCAGAAGGAGCACGUUCGUGAUUUGGAACAGAAAGUGCAAUUCUACGAGACCGCGCAGAACGCUCAAGUCGAUAACUUCCAAAAGAAGAUAGAGCUCCUCUCGGUCGAAAACCAACUCCUGAAGUAUUUUGUCGAAUCCAUAACAUCCAUGAUGGACUCGUCAUUUGAACCGCCUCUCGCACCAUCGCGCGAGGCUUGCGGAGCGAUGGCUGGAUCUGGGCUUGGCUUAGAUGUGCUGUUCUCUUCAGAAUAUCUCACCUCGUCUAAUUCAGUGCCUGGCGCAAUGAGCGAACCAGGUGGCCUCAAGUCUGUCCCUAGGAAUGAUGAUCCUCCACGAGAGGAAAAUAUACUGACAUCGGAUGCCUCUCUGCCUGAAUGUCCCCCGUUUGAUAACCAGUUUUCAUAUGUGUCAUCACAACCACCCACAAGUCCGGUACAUUUUUCGGAAUCGCUACACUGCCCCCAAAUAGAGCCGAGGCCUUACAACGUUUUGGCUUCAGAGGAGUUCCAGCUGCCAACCUUGGGAUAUUCCAUAAUGGACUGUAAUUCUCGCACCUCAGGUCUCUUCUCACAACACACCGUCUCUUGUUCAGAGGCUAGCGAGCUCUUGAUUGGCUAUGUCCGAAGAAAACCAGAUCUCAGGAGCCUCCAUUUGAGGCUCCGAGAUGGGUACCGAAAUAGCCUUCUGCCCGAGGAGGGGUGCAGGGUUGAUUACCACCAGUUGCUUACUGUUCUCUCUGAUACGGCAUAGGAAUGCAAGGUAUUGACCGAGCACAUUGAAACCACCUAACUGGAAUGUACGUCAAAGGAGGCGCAGAUCCCGUUAUGCGCAACGAAGCUCAAUCUCCCAUGGAGGGGGGGAUCCUGCAAUAGUAUGUCAGAUGUUGUAGUUCUUCUUCUCAUUCAAUGCCGGUUAGCAUUGUGAUGUUGAUAAUUUACUGCAGCCGGUUUCCACUAUGGCAUCAGUCAUUAAGAACCUCGCAUGUUCUAUCUCUUCUACAUUUUA